GAGAUGUUAAAGAUCAUCCCAAACAAAAUUUGAAAGCGAAAAUGAAAAUGAAAAAUUCCGUACUCAGUUUUUUCACCAUCAGUGUGAUGCUCAUCUUCUUGCAGUUGCAGCACCACCUGGUGGCUUCUUCAUUGAGCCCCAGCUUGCAGAAACUUGCGUUGUUCGACUUUAAACAAACCUUUUCAAUCAGUAAUGAUCCUAGUAGCUGGAUAUGCUCCUAUUAUUCCGUCGAAGACGAAGAGUUUUACGAAAUUCCUUCUCGGCCAAAGACAAAGAAUUGGAGCAUGAGUUCUGAUCACUGCACAUGGGAUGGAGUUAGCUGCGACGACAAGACAGGGGGCGUUAUCGGACUGGACUUGAGUUGCAGUCAGCUGGAAGGAGCCAUUCUUCCUAAAAGCACUCUCUUCCAACUCUCUCAUCUCCGCUUCCUCAAUCUCUCUCAAAAUGACUUUUCCCUCUCCAGUCAGUUCCCUCCGGAAUUUGGUUUCUUUGCAAAAGGUUUGACGCAUCUCAACCUCUCUUAUACUGGAUUAUCAGGGAGAGUUCCCUCUCGAAUCUCUCAUUUGCAGAAACUGGUCUCACUUGAUCUCAGUUACAACGAUGGGGCUGAACUUGAAGAAGAAGUGUUUAAAUCACUGUUGCAGAAUUUAACGCAUCUCGGAGUGCUUAAUCUUCACGGAGUUAACAUCUCCUCUGUUUUGCCCGUGAAUAUCUCUACUUCUUUAAGAGUUCUUCAAUUGUCGUAUACUGAUAUACACGGAGUAGUACCCCAAGAGGUUUUCCACCUUCCCAACUUGGAAUCACUUGAUUUAUCAUAUAAUUUCCACCUCCUGAGAGCUACAUUACCCAAAGUUAAGUGGGGAAGUAAAGCUACUCUCCGACACCUUCAUCUUUCACACGUCAACAUAGAUGGAGGAGGUAUACCUGACUCAAUAGGCUUUUUAAAGGACUCAUUAGUCAGUUUGUAUCUGGGCGGCUGUAAUUUGUCUGGGCCUGUACCAAGAUCCAUUGGGCACCUCGUUCAACUUACUCACUUGGGCCUCUCUCAAAAUAAUCUCAAUGGCCCAGUUCCAACAUUUUUUACAGACGUUACAGACUUAAGAUAUAUCUCCCUUGCGCGUAACAAUUUCACUGGAUCUCUACCUCGUUGGUUGUUUCACCAUCCAUCGUUAGAGACCUUGUAUCUGCAUAGUAAUGCAUUCACGGGUCCACUACAUGAAUUUGAUUCUUCUCGAUCACGGCUGCAAUCUUUUUCUUGUUCCAGCAAUUUACUCAAUGGAUCCAUUCCACAUUCAUUUUCUCAACUUGUCAAUCUCACUAAACUAGAUUUGUCAUCAAACAAUUUCAGCGGGGUUUUGGAUUUGGAAAUGUUUUCAGACCUCGAAUCUCUAGAACGUCUUAGACUUUCUCGUAACAGUCUUUCAGUGACAAGUACAAGUAUGGCCACUCUCCCUCCUACGCUUAACUACUUGGACUUGUCAUCUUGUAACAUGAAAGAGUUUCCUCAUUUUUCAAGAGAUGCAAACAUCUCCCUGGUGUUUGUAGACCUAUCAAACAAUAAAAUUGAAGGGGAAAUUCCACACUGGAUUGGGUUGCUGGGGAUGUCCUAUCUGAAUCUUUCUCACAACAAACUAAUAGGCGGUCUUGAGCAACUGCCUUGGAGUCAUAUUGAAUAUCUUGAUCUCCAAUACAAUAAGCUGAAUGGAUCGUUGCCCACCUUGAUGUGUAAUUCCAGCUCUCUUUAUAUUCUAAAUCUGUCUCACAACAAGUUGAGUGGUGUACUACCCAUUUGUCAUACAAAUUUGACUUGGCUUUCCGUGUUGGAUCUGCGGAGGAAUAAAAUUCAAGGAAACAUUCCAGCAACCCUGUCAAAUUUCCAUAAUCUGGAAACCAUUAAUUUGAAUGGAAACCAAUUAGAAGGAAGCAUUCCUUCUUCUUUUGCUGGAUUUGAUUCUUUAGCCGUUCUUGAUCUUGGAAAUAAUCAGAUAAAUGAUACAUUCCCCCAGUGUUUGGAAGCUCUUCCAAAUCUUCAAGUUCUUGUUCUCAAAUCAAAUAAGUUUUAUGGUCUUAUAAACACGAGUUCUCAGGUUGUACACCCAUUUCCUAGCUUGAGAAUCAUUGAUCUUUCGUACAACAAGUUUUCAGGUGCACUGCCAGAAAAAUAUUUCAGAAACUUCAAGGCUAUGAUGAAUGGUGAAGUGAAUAAGGUAAAUCGUAGUUAUAUGGAGCAGGAUCUUUACAGUGAUUCCACAGCUCUAGUGAUUAAAGGCAUGGAGAUUGAUUUAGAAAGAAUUUUGACUGUGUUCACAACUAUUGAUGUAUCAAAGAACAAUUUUGAUGGGGAGAUAGCUGAAUACUUUGGAAAUCUUGUAUCACUCAGAUUUCUUAAUCUUUCUCACAAUUAUCUCACAGGCCACAUACCACGCUCGAUUGGAAAAUUGACUGUGCUGGAGUCACUAGACCUCUCAUCCAACCAACUUCAAGGAGAAAUUCCUCCGCAGCUCACUAGUGUAUAUUCACUUGCAGUUCUCAAUCUGUCUUGCAACCAACUUAGAGGACGUAUUCCAGAAGGGUCGCAAUUCAAUACAUUUGAAAUCUACAGCUACGUCGGGAACUUUGGGCUGUGCGGAAAACCCUUGUCAAAAAAGUGUGAAAAUUAUGUCAGGGCACAAGAAGAAGACGAAGAAGAUGAGGAUGAUGAUUACUUUUUCAGUGGAUUUACUUGGGAAGCGGUGGUGAUUGGAUAUGGGUGUGGAGUGGUGCCUGCAUUUAUCACUGGCUACCUGAUGUUGUUGGCACGGAAACCAAAAUGGUUUGCUGGAAUCAUUGGCAGGGAACUGGGCCUGAAGAUCAGGAGGAUGGAGAUUAGAAGGCGAUAACUAAAGAUUGGAGAGGCAUGAACAUUUUGGCAUGCAAGUUGAUGGGACAAGCAGGAUUCAGAUGCACUGGAAUCAACCACUACUUCAGCUGUUUAAUUUGCAUCUUUUCUAAGUUACUCUGCACAUAUUCUAAGUUCCAUAUACAAGUUCUGUAAUGUUUAGUUAUUCUGCACAAACUCUAAGUUAGUUUCAACCACUGGGGUGUAAGCAGCCAAGUUAAUAAACCAGCAGUUUCUGCAGCUUUCACAACGUUGCUUCAUAUUAUUUUCCCCCUUAUUAGAUGAGCAAUAUAUUUGUGGAAUGGAUGUACCUGAAUUUGGUAUCCGAAGCUUAGUUAUAGAAAUUGUAGAUCAGCUAGUUUGCAACUUAGUGAGAAUGCUUUCCAUUGGACUUGAUUUACUCGUAGAGAAGCAGCACGCAAUGUUAAGGAAGGCCUGAU